UUCAAGCAGAUGAUCAAAAGUUUCAAAACCUUGUGAUCAAUCAUCUUUACAGGCCAUGGCUUCUGGAGCUGGGCAACCUGCAACAUUCUUCCUCUUCUUCAUCAACCUCGUGCUUUUUUUAAUCAUCACCAUUAUUGCUUCCUGGGCUGUUAACCAUGGCAUCGACGACACCCAUCAACAAGCAUCUGUUUUAAGUAUUCCGGCAAGAAUAUUUCCGAUAUACUAUCCAUUCGGCAAUAUGGCCACGGGCUAUGUCGUUAUCUUGUCUCUUUUAGCUGGGGUUUUGGGCUUGGCGACCUCCCUCACCGGAAUCUAUAAUGUAGCUCAAUGGAAUGCUUCCAAUCUAUACGCAGCUUCUGCUUCUUCUUUACUCAGUUGGACACUCACACUGCUUGCCAUGGGAUUUGCCUGCAAAGAGAUAGAAAUCGGCUGGACUGGUAACACCUUGCGUGUUCUAGAGACAAUCUUGAUAGUUGUAACCGGGACACAGUUAUUUGGCAUGAUUGCAAUUCAUGCAGGGAUUGAAGAAGUUUCGAGGUAUGGUGGCGGCGGAAGAGUCUAAUUAAGUAUCUAUCGAAUUGUGUUGUUGAUUGCUUAUGCAUGAUCUUGAUGACUUGUUUAUAUAAUGUAAUUAAUUUCUAUUCAUCAAGAAUCGUGUUCCAAUGAAGCCAUAUAUAUAUUGUUUGAACUUUGAAGAGAUAAAUAUAUAUUUUUUUUAUUGUUUGGA